ACCCAAAACAUUUGUAUCAAUCAGGUACAAUGCAAAUGAUCAACAGUGUUGAAUGUUCAAAAUCUAACAGAUUCUAAAUGUCAUUCAUGUGUUGAAUAUAACUCAUUUUUUAUUAUCUUUAAUAUAAUUCAUUUUUUAUUAUCUUCAUUUUCCAUUCUUGUUCUGCAUGACUUUUAUGAUGUGUUACCUCAAUAUUGUGCCAAUGGAUUAAGAGCAUCUGAUCAUUUUGCAUGACUCCAAAUCAUUUGGAGGAAGGUCUUCAGGAAAUGUUUGAAGACAUGAAACGAAGACUUCAAGGAAAUCCUGAGGUGUUUGAGGGCCCUGUAAAGAAAAUGUUGAAAAGCUAUUCAAAGUUGAAAGGGAAUAACAGUUUAACCUCAGCCAUGAGUAUGUUUGGUCGGUAUAAUGGUAUCAACUUUGCAAAGCGUACAUGUACAUCAUCAAAGACCAAGGCUACUGAUCAGUCACCUCUCACCUCUGGGCCCAGCAUUGGUGUUCAACCGUUGUCAAUCGCCAGGAGAAAAGUGAAGCUUGGGGGUAGGAGAAGCUUAACAAGGGGCCGGCCAACCAAGCAAGCUGCGACUCAGGAACAUGGUUAUGCCAAAGGAUCCCACUCUCAAUCAGGGAUUCCAAAGAGGGCAAGAGUAGCUGCACCACAUUCACUGAGCCAUGCCACUACAAUGUGCCAGUCUCUUGGAAAGACUCACAGUUCUAAGUGAAUCUUAACAGUGCAUAUAUGCCCAGGGGGAUCAAGAAUAGUUUGAUUCCUUAACUAUAAAAUCUGGGGUCUUCAUUCAAAAGUUUUUUCUCUAAAUACUGGUCAUAAAUCGCGACGACCAGGUAUGCAGCUCUGAUGUUUCGCGUGUUAGAAAAAAAAACGUGGUUUCAUGUAAAAAAUCAGUGCAACUUGUGUUGUCUCACCUGCAUAGCAGCCACCGCUCUUCGGCGGUGACUAUCAAAUCUUAACCAUAGGUUAAGUUUUGAAAUGACUGCAUAACUUAAAAAGCAUAUAGACCUAGUUCAUGAAACUUGGCCAUAAGGUCAAUCAGGUAUUACUGAACAUCCUGCCUGAGUUUUGAGUCACAUGACCAAGGUCAGAGGUCAUUUAGGGCCAAUUAACUUAGACCAUGUUGGGGGAAUCAGCAUCAAAACCUUAACCUAAGGUUAAGUUUUUGAAAUGUCAUCAUAAUUUAGAAAAUAUAGGGACCUAGCUUGUGAAACUUGAUCAUAAGGUUGAUCAAGUAUUACUGAACAUCCUGCUUGAAUUUUACGUCACAUGACCAAGGUCAGAGGUCAUUUAGGGUCAAUGAACUUUGGCCAAAUUGGAGGUAUCUGUUGAAUUACCAUCAUAACUUCGAAAGAUUAUCAAUCAGAUUCAUGAAACUUGGAAAUACAAGUUAUCAUGUAUCACUGAACAUCUCAUGCGAGUUUCAGGUAACAUGACCUAAGUCAAAGCUCAUUUAAGGUCAUUGAACUUUGGCCAUUUUGAAGGUACAUGUAAUUAUUAGAUUGCUGUCAUAACUUUCAAAGUUUAUAGAUAUAAAAUAUAAAGAUAUAAAAUGUGGAUAUAGGGGUAAUCAAGUAUCACUGACAAGUUUUAGAUCACAUGAUCAAGGUCAAAUGUCAAUGAACGUAGUAUUGUAUAAUAUGAAUGUUUUUUUUUGUGAAUAUUUAUUUUAAAGUAGUUUUCAAAGUCAGCACUGCUGCUAUAUUGAAUAGCGUGAUGCAGGUGAGACAGCCAGAGGCAUUCCACUUGUUUUUUUUUUUUUGGGGGGGGGGGGAGCACCCCGAGUGCCCAACCGUCAGUAUGUCACUGUCCAAAGGCACCAUAACCUUUGUAGCACACAAUGAAAGGAUUUGAAAAAAAGAAACACUCUCUCCCAUACUUUGGUAAAAAAAAUUGUUCUUACCUAAAGAAGGAACAUUAAAAACUAAAAAAGGACAUAUAAAAAGGAACAACAGAACUAUUCAAGCAAAUAAUUAGACUUGGAAAUUAAUUUUGACUGUAUAAUUCGAAAAUUAUGGCAAAAAUAAUGAAAAAGAUGAGAGGAAAUCUGCUGAUUAGCAAGAAGUCCAACCAUCAUAUUUAUCAUUUCAUGCCAUUUUGGCGCAAGCCUCAUUUUUAGCUCCAGAAAAAAAACAUUCCAAAAACAUUACGCUCAAGCAUGAACAAAACUAAAUCAUUUUAAUGGCAAUUGAAGUAUAAGACUUCAGAGCACCUAUUGACACCAAAAUAUAGAGAUCAUAAUUUGAAACAAAAAUUUUAUAGACUUUUCAAAUCUGUCCCGUUUUUUUUUAUACGCACUGUAGGGGUAAUCAAGUAUCACUGACAAGUCUUAGGUUGCAUGAUUAAGGUCAAAUGUCAUUAAUUGUCAAUGAACAUAGUAUUGUAUCAUUUUAUGAAUUGUGUUUUUUGUGAAUAAUUUUGGUAUAGUCUUUUUCAAAGUGAUUAAAAAAACCCAAAGGGAAUAGGGUUACGUUCUUAUUUGUAUGAAGUUGAACAUAUAUCCAAAACCAUCUAAAGUCAUCCUGUUACCACAUUAUUGUCUAAAGGUUAUUGUUGAUAUUACGUAAAAGGGUUCCGAAAACUAUUUGAGUUUGUAACAGAGCUGAUAUCAGAUAUCUUUCUGAAUGCAUUUCAAAUAAAGAGGAAACGACGUUUUUUAA